AUGGCCAACAUUGCGGGCCUACUCGCCAGCUCGUGGCUCCUAUCCGGGGCCUACGGGGCAAGCUCUUCUACGAGUGCUUCGUACUCUCAAUUUACAAUUCCUACCGCCGCAGACGUCGGUGCGAAUCUGAUUGCCAACAUCGACGACCACGAGGCUGUCAACGCCCAAUCAGUCUGUCCUGGUUACAAGGCUUCCAAUGUGCACCAGUCAUCCAAGGGCUUCACGGCUACUCUAGAGUUAGCCGGAAAACCGUGCAAUGCCUAUGGAAUUGACGUGGACUCAUUGGACCUCUCAGUUGAAUACCAGGCUAAGGAUCGGUUGAAUAUAUACAUCGUGCCCAGUCAUGUUGAUUCGUCGAAUGCGUCGUGGUAUUUCCUUAAUGAGGAUGUCGUUCCUCGACCUAAGGCCUCUCCGAAUGCGUCUGCUGCGUAUAGUUCAGUUCUGGUUUAUGAGAACCAGUUUAUCGAAUUUGUGACUUCUCUACCGGAGGAUUACAACAUCUACGGUCUUGGAGAGCAUUUCCAACAACUCCGGAUUCUGCAUAAUGCCACCCUCACUGCUUAUGGGUCUGACAAUGGUAACCCGAUCGACUCGAACCUCUACGGCAGCCACCCCUUCUACCUGGACACCCGAUACUUCGAACAGAGCAAGAAUGGCUCCCUCACCCCCGCCAAGGCUUCCGAAGCCGACCCCAAGAAGGAAUACAAGUCCUUCUCGCACGGUGUGUUCCUGCGAAACGCCCACGGUCUGGAGGUCAUUACGCAGCCCCAGAACUUGACCUGGCGGACUCUGGGUGGAAGCAUCGACUUGACCUUCUACUCCGGCCCUAGUCAGGCUGAGGUCACCAAGAACUACCAAGUCAGCACCGUUGGACUACCUGCCAUGCAGCAGUACAAUACGCUCGGAUACCAUCAGUGUCGAUGGGGCUACACCGGCUGGGCAGAUUUGGAGAAUGUGAUUGCGGACUUUGAGAAGUUUGAGAUUCCGGUGGAAUAUAUUUGGGUUGGUAUCGAUUACAUGCACGGAUACCGUGACUUCGACAACGAACAGACCAACUGGUCCUACGAAGAAGGCGAGAAAUUCCUCAACAAGUUACACGCCGGUGGCCAUCGCUUCGUCCCUCUCGUCGACUCUGCGCUCUACAUCCCCAACCCCGACAAUGCAUCUGAUGCCUACCCAACCUACGACCGCGGCGCCGCAGAUGACCUCUUCCUCAAAAACCCCGACGGCAGCCUCUAUAUCGGCUCCGUUUGGCCCGGCUACACCGUCUUCCCCGACUGGCACCACCCAAAAGCCGGCAACUUCUGGGCCAACGAGCUAUCCCUCUGGCACGAGAAAGUCGCCUACGAUGGCAUGUGGACCGACAUGGGCGAAUGCUCGUCCUUUUGCGUUGGAAGCUGCGGAACGGACAAUUUGCACCUCAACCCUGCGCACCCGCCGUUCGCUCUACCGGGUGAACCGGGGAACGUGGACUACAACUACCCCGAGCGUUUCAGCAAGAGUAAUGCCAGCGAAGCUGCAUCUGCAUCUUCAGCGGCUGCUUCGCAAUCCGCCGCAGCAUCCACCACCACAUCCUCAACAACACAAUCCUACCUCCGCAGCACACCCACCUCAUCCCGCAACAUAAACCACCCCCCCUACGUCCUCAACAACGUCCAACCAGGCCACGACCUCGCCGUCCACGCCAUCUCCCCCAACGCAACCCACAUAGACAACAUCCCCGAAUACGAUGUCCACAACCUCAACGGCCACCGGAUCCUUAGCGCAACAUACUCCGGCCUCCUCCAGGUCUUCCCCCAAAAACGCCCCUUCAUCCUCGGCCGCGCGACCUUCGCUGGAUCAGGCAAAUACGCAGCGCACUGGGGCGGAGAUAAUAAUUCCAAAUGGGCGGAUAUGUUCUUCUCCAUCUCCCAGGCCUUAUCAUUCUCGUUGUUCGGUAUACCGAUGUUCGGUGCCGAUACGUGUGGUUUCUCGGGGAACACAAACGAAGAACUGUGUAAUAGAUGGAUGCAAAUGUCCGCGUUCUUCCCGUUCUACAGAAACCACAACGUCAUCAAAUCUCUCCCCCAAGAACCAUACCGCUGGUCAUCCGUCACAGCAGCAACUAAGAAAGCAAUGGCCAUUCGUUACUCCAUCCUACCAUAUAUGUACACGCUCUUCCAUUCAGCGCAUACAACAGGCUCCACUGUCCUCCGCGCGUUGUCCUGGGAGUUUCCGAAUGAACCACACCUCGCGUCUGUGGACACGCAGUUCCUCCUCGGCCCAGAUGUCAUGGUCGUCCCCGUCCUCGAGCCAGGUGUCGAUACCGUCAAGGAUUGGAGUUUGAUUGUUGCUACUAGUCGCAAUGGGACUGCCAAGGGAAAACUGUAUCUUGAUGAUGGGGAAAGCUUGGUUCCUAAUGCCACAAAGCACGUUGAUUUCGUUGCUUCGAAGGGGAGUCUGCGUACCUCUGUGCGUGGUAACUGGAAAGAAAUCAAUCCGUUGGCGAAUGUUACUGUUCUUGGGGUUGAGAAGCCGAAGGAUGUUGUGUUUAAUGGGGAGAUGGUUGAUGAGGAGGCGGUUAAGUAUAAUGCUACGUCGAAGGUGUUGAGUGUUACUGGGUUGCAGGGGUUGACUGAGAAUGGUGCGUUUGAGAAGAGUUGGGUUUUGAAGUGGUGAGCUUCGUUAUGAUUAUGUACGUAAGACUACAUGAAUGCAUGGAUAAAAACGUCGUG